GAUGCCGCGUGGAAGCCGCAGCCGCACCUCCCGCAUGGCCCCUCCGGCCAGUCGGGCCCCUCAGAUGAGAGCCGCUCCCCGGCCAGCACCAGCAGCUCAGCCGCCAGCACCGGCCCCACAAUCUGCAGUUGGGGCCCCUGCAGCCGCACCCCGGCAGCCUGGCCUGAUGGCCCAGAUGGCGUCCACGGCUGCUGGUGUGGCCGUGGGCUCUGCCGUUGGGCACACACUGGGCCAUGCCAUCACUGGAGGCUUAAGUGGAGGCAGUAACGAGCCAGCCAGGCCUGACAUUACUUACCAGGAGCCAUACCAGUCGGCAUCCCAGGUGGAGGCUGGCCCUUGCUCCUUCGAGAUGAAGCAGUUCAUGGAGUGCGCCAACAACCAGAGCGACCUCCGCCUCUGUGAGGGCUUCAUGGAGGUGCUGAAGCAGUGCCGGGCAGCGCGGGAACUGCGUUAA